GAAAAACUCAUUCUACAUUUCAUCCGCCUAGCCAGCCGAUCUAUUUACAGAGUACUCUUAAUGUAAACACCGACGCAUUCGGAGAGUGCAGUGAUUGAUAUGUGUUCACUUUAGAUUUCUCAUGCUAGUUUUGUAGACAAUAGAGCCGCAUCAGGAAACCCAGUUUACCCGUUUACCCUCUGUGUAAGGCUGAAAUUCCGAAAUGAAUUUUGGUUUCAGUAGCGGCGCAGUGGGAAAAUGCAGCGCUGCCCGUACCUCUACGAAAUGAAGGAACGGCUAUUAGAAGACAGCGUACCGACGAAAAUCAUCAUGCCCAAGGAGGUGCCGCCUCCGUGCCCGCCUUUACCGAAGGACCAACAGCCGCUUAUACAGCCCAAACUGCCGGUUGCCACCGUCGUUAAAAUAGAUAAUGCUGGAUACACGCACACACGUACUACGCCUACGCGCAGCGUGGAACAAACUCCUUUAGUGGCCGAAAAACCGGAGAGCAAAUUCUUCCCGAUAUGCCAGAAAUUUUUCCCCAAAAACGCCAAGACAUCCCUGUUCAUAGUGACCAGUUUCGUGUACGCGAAACUCCUGGUGGUCAUCUGCCUGGCGUACGUCGUCUCCGACAUCGUCACCCACAACAUCCCGCCCUACUACUACGAAGGGUUCUUCACGUACCUGUACGGGCUGAGCAUCCUGUUCCUGCUGUACGUGUUCUGCUUCCUGCUGCAGGAGAGCUCGUGCUGCACGGCCGAAGAGAAGCAGCCGAAGCCGCCGGCGAAGAACAAGGCCAAGGAGAAGGAGGCCAAGGCGAAGAAGGACAAGGAGGAUAAGGAGAAGAAGAAGAAGGAGGCGGAGGCGCAGAAGAAGGAGAAGAAGAAGGAGAAAGAUAAGAAGGAUAAGAAGCAGGAGAAGAGCACCUACCGGCGCAACUCUGAAGGGGUGGUUGACGCGGGCCUGGCAGCCGUGCCGGUGCCCGUAGAAGAGAUAACUCAAUCUCAAGGUGCUACUGUUGUAUCGCAGGAACCGACCCCCGCGGCGCCCGUCGCCCCCGUCGCCGCCCCGCCGUCCGCCCAACCGCCUCCCGGCGGCGAGCCGGAGACGGUCGAGGGAGGCGGCUCGGAGGGCAGGGGCCGGUGCAAGCGCAAGACGUCGCAGAGCGAUCGCAGCCACGGCAGCUUCUUCCUGCGGAUCGGAGCCAUCGCUUUCGGAUUGGGGACGAUGAUCUACAUCGGGUUGGAGUUCGGGCUGUUCUUCGAGAUACCGUUCAACUCGCCGUGCUAUAUGAUCUUGAAAGGGGUGAAUCCCGUGCUGCAGAUGAUAUUCACUUUCAUGCAGAUGUAUUUUAUCUUCAUGAAUUCGAGGUUGAAUAUUCAUCGAUUUAAAGUUAUCGCACGUUUCGGGUUGAUGCAUAUUGUAGCUACAAACAUUUGCGUUUGGAUAAGGACCUUCUUCAUCGAGUAUUUGAAGGAUAUCACGAAAUACCACGUGAGGUACUUUAACGGAACGAAUAUAACCACUGAAGCGGUAUUCACCGAAAGCGUGAAAUACCACAAUCUUCGCAACGCUAACGCGAUAUUAGGCACGCACAGAGGUUCUCCGGAGCAGAUGUUCGAUUUGCGCACAGUACCACCAGCCUCUACAACCAUCUCGACUCUCUUCAACCGAUUCAUCACCACGCUGAGACCGACGCCCCGCAACGCCAACCCUUCAUGGCCGUUCGCGCCGCCCACGCCGUCCAAGAAUUACACCGGCAACCUGUGGAGGUUGAUGCCCACCACUUCGACCACCACCACCACCAGGCUCACCCCUCGAACCACCGUGGCCAGGGUGUGGAGGGCCGUCUCGACGGCUAUAACUUCGACUAUCACCCCCAGCACCACCACUUCUACUACCACCACCACCACUACCACUACGACACCGCUACCGACUACUACACCGACUACAACAACCACGAGCACCACGCCGUUCCCGACCACGACUGCGGCUACGACCACAACGACUCUGUCGUUCGGGAGUUUGUUCGAUUCGAAUUUGGUGCGCAGCAUCACCGCUGACAAUAUAAACAGUGCCUCUACUGAAAACAAAGCGGUGGAGCUGUUCCCCGAGCUGGGCAACGCGAUUUCGUCCAAUAACGAUACCGAAUUCCUCAACGACAUCGUUCCGCAGGCGUUCUCCUUCUACGGCUCCUACAACGCCACCGCCAACAGCUCGGAUCGCUGCGGCAGACUGAACAUCAUGGGAACAAUCGUGGAGGAUUCGGGACCUUACCUGUACCCUUUCAUCAUCGAAUUCUCGCUGAUCGGAGCCGCCGUCAUCUACGUCAUGUGGAAGCACAUCGGCAAAAACCCCAAGUAUGUUAACCAAGAGAAUUUAGAACACCGUUUGGAAAUUAUGCUAUCUCGUAGAGCUGUGGCGUUGGCGCAGGCCCAACAACAGGGUAGAGUGGAUUGCGUCGGCGCUUCCAAGGGACUGUUCUUCGGUCUUCUGAUGCUCGUGGGUUCCCUAAUUUGCCUCAUCCUGUUCUUCGUGUUGAUAUCGAACGACACCUUCAAAUUGCUGGCUGUAUACUUAGCGGAGGUGUCGCAUUGCGCCCUGCUAGCCUUGAGUAUCGUCGCCACUUUGAUCGGAUUCAUACGAGUGAAAUCGCUGAAAUUCAAAAAGGAAGAGCAGAGCGACUUGAACGACAUCCUGCUGAGAGUGUCCGCUUUCGGGUUGUUCCUGUACGCCGUCUUCAGCGUCAUCGCCGGUCAUUUGAACGCCUUCUCCGUGGAGGUCAACCUGCUCGCCAUGAUUACCGGAAUCCUCGUCGUCGUCCAAGUAUUGUUGCAAUUGCUGUUCAUCGCCGACGUGUCGCGCCGACGGGUCCACCUGCCGGAGCACGACAGGACCAAGCCGGGCCGGCAGGUGGUGACGUUCCUGCUGAUAUGCAACAUCACCAUUUGGAUAAUCUACACGUUCGAAUCGAGGAAGGUGGAGAACAACCCGGUGCAGUUGAGAUACUACGGCUACUUGACCUGGUCGAUGGUGCAGAGAUUGACGUUGCCGUUGUGCAUCUUCCACAGGUUCCACUCGGCGGUGGCGCUGGCAGAGAUAUGGAAGACGAGCUACAAGCCGCGAUUGGAGUAGACGGGCGGGCAGAUGGGAGAGGAAAGAGAACGAAGAGAUUGGUAAAUGUGAAGCGAGCGCGUGCCGGGUUGGUUUGCUCAACUCUUUCUUUCCCACGGCAAAAUUCGAGACUGUUCAAUUAAUCAAUAGCGUCACCUGUUUGUGGGUGCCGAAUUCCGUCUCACUGACGGGCGCGUGAUCGCUUCGUAUACCUUUUUAUUACUGUUUUAUACUAACAAUUUUUUCGGACGUUCGACGUUCUUUCACUGCGAGACCAAUUUUACUAACUUGUCGUACGCCAUCGAUUCAUCGCUCCCUGGUACCCUUUAAACAGAUUUAUUUCCACCAUUCCGCGGGAUUAAACACUCUUGAGUAUUAUGUACUCGACGAAUUACUCGUCUGUUAAUUAACAAUUCGUUGUCUUUGCUCAAUUUCAUUAUUUUUAGAUGUAAUUAACUUAUUGUAUGUAUAGCGUUAUUUUUUUACUUUUCACUGUCGUGACGUGACUAAAAAUUAUUUAUUAACGUACACUUAAGACUUUUCCAAUUUCAAAUUAGACUUCAGUUGGUUUGAUUUUCAAUCUGAAUCUGUUCCAAUGAGGUAUUUAUUUGUGGUGCAACAACAUACUUUUUAUUCAUGUAUACGUGGUGUUUAAAAAAACUCAAGGUUUGAAACUAAAUUGAGUUUAUAAAUCGAGCACAUUUCCACAAUUCACCCUGCAUUAAAUUUCUAAGCUAUGAUUAAAUAAAAAAAAUCGAAAGGUGCUUAAAUUAAAUAUUUUAUAAAAAAAAAACGAACAGUAAUUUUUCCUUAAACGAACAGAUCAGUAGGUUUUCAUUCGCCC